AUGGCUGCCAACAGAGAAGACAGCACACGCUCUGCAGUGAGAUGCUUUAGCGUCACGGGAUAUUCUGGAGGAAGUCUUCUUGUUGAUUCUGGGAAACUUUGGUCCAGUGACUCUGCUAAAUAUAUGUAUAAAUUACCUGAGUGGAGUAUAAUAAUAAAUGAUAAGAAACAUGAUAAAUGGAUUAAUGAAGGAAGAUCCACUUUAUUUUGCAAUGAAUAUGGAGGCCUCAUGAUCUACAUUCGAGAACUAGACAUGCAAGAUGCUGGAAUUUACAGGAUUGAGAUUAAUAGCCACUGGUCCAUCGAAAUGACUUUGAAUGUGAAAGAAGAUUCAUGUUGUAAAGUGUCAAAGAGAGUGAUGGUGAAUGUUGGAGAAACUGACAAUUUCAGCUGUGAAUAUUCACAGAAUCAUAUAAAUGAUGUAAAGAUCAUAUUCAAAGAAGAAAAAGACUCCAUUGAGAUGAUUUACAGCACAAGGAAUGGGGAAGAAAGAUUCAGUAUUUCUGAUGACAAACAUAAACACAUCUUCAGUGUGAGAAUCACUGCUGUGACACCAGAUGAUGGAGGAGUUUAUUUAUGUGGAGUUUGGAUCAGCGGAGACUCGUACAGUUACACAAUUAUUAACACUGUUCAUCUACAUAUUACUAAAGUGGGCGUGUCUAGAGUGAGCGGCUCCUCAGGAGGUGGUUUGAUGAUCAAGUGUGAACAUCCUCAAUACAAAACCAACCCAAAAUACAUCUGUAAAGAAUCAGACGGAUGUUCAGAGAGGAAGAAUCCAGGAGUUCAGGAUGAAUGGAUGGAGAAUGGAGAUGUUUCUUUAUAUGACGACACCAGAGCAGGAGUCUUGAUGGUGUUUUUUAGAGAGCUGAAAGCUGCAGAUGCAGGAACAUACAGGUGUGGAGUGAAAGUAUCUGACUAUACUGAGAGCUUCACUGAACUUCAGCUGCACCUCAAACACGAUGCAAGAUAUCCAAAGAGUGUGACUGAAUUUGUGUAUCUUGGUGGAGAAGUCAACAUCACCUGUCAGAUCCCAGAGAAACAUGAAGUUCAUUUCUGCAAAGAGGAUAAUAAUCACACUUAUAAUCACAUCUGCCAAACCAUCAGCUCAUCUAAAGUGACAGAAAUGAAUCCUUCAUCUGAGAGAAAUGAAGAGAGAGUUGUUAGAGUGAGCAUCAGUAAUGUGAGUGUGAGAGAUGCUCAGAAGUGA